UCUCCUUUUCUUCUCCUUUCUCUGUUUUUUUUUUCUUUAAUCCCUAGGGUUUUCUUACGCUCUCUACGGGUUUUUUUUUUUUUCUUUUCAACAUUUUUAAUUCUAGGGUUUCCGUACAAUCCUCCCUAGGGUUUUAACGCCAUGGAAGGAGAGUGGCAGCAGCUGAUUCAAUCAGUGUUCUUCGGUCUGGUUUUCUCCUACCUUUUCGCGAAGCUCAUAUCGAUUGUAAUCUCCUUCCGAGACGAGAACCUCAGCUUGACCCGUGAUUCCAAGCCCGAAUCGCAGGGAGGAGCCGCCUCUGCCGAUGACGACUCCGCGGGGUCUCAGAAAUCUGGGGGUUCGGAAGGGGAGGAGUCGCUGCUGGCGGAGAAGGGGAGUGGGAGUAGUGGGAGUCUGUUGGAUGACGAUGAUGAUUGGGAGGGGGUGGAGAGUACUGAAUUGGACGAGGAGUUCAGUGCUGCGACGGCUUUCGUGGCCGCCACGGCGGCGGAUAGGCUGUCGCAGAAGGUGUCGAAUGAUGUGCAGUUGCAGCUUUAUGGGCUUUACAAGAUCGCGACCGAGGGACCGUGCAGUGCCCCGCAGCCAUCAGCUUUGAAAAUGACAGCUCGGGCUAAAUGGCAAGCAUGGCAGAAAUUGGGUGCUAUGCCUCCUGAAGAAGCAAUGCAGAAGUACAUUGCAAUUGUUACAGAGCUAUAUCCUACUUGGGCAACUGGUUCAACUAAUAAGAGUAAAGAUGAGGGAGGUAGCAGUGCACCAAGUGGAGAUGCUAAAGGACCAAUGGGGCCGGUUUUCAGCACAUUUGUCUAUGAGGAGGAAUGUGGAACUGAGCUGAAAAUGGAUGCUAUACAUGCGUUUGCCAGAGAAGGAGAGGUAGAUAAUCUGCUCAAAUGUAUUGAUAACGGCGUUUCAGUGGAUCUAAAGGAUAGUGAGGGAAGAACCCCAUUGCACUGGGCUGUAGAUCGUGGCCACCUUAAUCUCACUGAAUUGCUUCUCAACCAUGGUGCUGAUGUGAAUGCCAAGGACCAUGAAGGCCAAUCCCCAUUGCAUUACGCAGUCGUGUGUGAGAGAGAAGCUAUUGCUGAGUUCCUUGUGAAGCAAAAUGCAGACAUCAACGCAAUGGACAAUGAUGGUGCAUCCCCUUUUGAACUGUGCGAAUCAAACUGGCCUUGGAUGCAAGGUGCAGCUAAACAGGCUUAGAAUGGUGGUUUUUUUUUUAAAGUUAUCCCACCAAUUAAUGCAAAUCCUCUUGAUAGGUUCCUGGUGGAUGUACAUGCUGUUAUGUAUAACCCUUUCACACAGCUUAACCUUUUUCAUCAUCAUGGUAUAAUUUAUUAUAUAGGGUUUUAUGUUCUUUCCACUGUUUUUCUUUUACUUAAACGAUUGAAUUAGGAUGAAUUUGAAGCAGAUUGAAUUUAGAAUGUGAAUUGGCAUUCAUAUGGUUUUGUUUUGUCAA